AUGAGCAAUGGUAAAUGCUGUGACCACUUGCUUUUUAAUUUUGGCCGUUGUUAUCCGUGUGACGCUUACUUCAAACUAUGCGUAUCGCAGUCAGUGUCGCGGGCAGCACAUAACUGCAACCUCGGACGAAGUCAGACAGGUGUUGUGGGAGACAAAGACAAUCAUCACUUUCAUAUCAGGAAACAGUUUUCCUUCAAUUCGUUCCAGGUAAGUGAAUGCAAUUGUUUUGUUAAUGUUUGAGUUUCCUUCCACCGUUAGGACAAUUCGUCUAAGAGAAGGUACGCCUAAAGGGUAGUGAGAGGAACAGACUGAAGAAAAGCAGGGACCAUCUUUAGGUAUCCAUUUUCGGAAGGUAUCUGCUGAGAUAGAGUUGACUGUGUAUCCCCGGGGGGGGGGGGGUACUGCCGGGAAUUCUUCCUGGGGGUGUGCCGCCCAGCUCCAAAUCCUGACCUGAUUUCACACCAAAAAAUGUAAUUUUCCGCACCCGUUUUCAGACCAGACCAAAACAAACUAUCAAAUCCAUUUCGAAUUUGCAUAUUUCUCUUUCUUUCUUACCCAUUUGGAAUUGAAACAAUAAACACGCUCAUACACUCCCGUAGUUCCCCCGAAAACCACACCCGAUUCCAGGCCAAAAUGGACAAAGUCUAUAGCCGUUUUCAGACCAAAACGGCACAAAAACCCUACCCGAUUGGGCGGCACAUCCCUAUAUCGCUUAUAUAAGGGAGUUUCCCCCCCCCCCCGGGGGGUUUACCCUCUCGGUCCCAAUUGACGACGAACAAACAAAGGAAGAUUGCAAAAUCACUGAACAAAAGGACGCCACAGCUAAGGUUAUCAUGUUUUCAUUUUAGUCUGUAACUUUGGCAGUGUAUUGAUGAAUUAACAAAAAAAAAUCGUUGUUUUUAAAACACAUACCGUAUCAGAGCUCAAAAUAAUUUUUGGACGGAGCUUGGUCAUGGCUCCUUUCUGAACGGUCCAGAAAUGACCGACCAAGCAAGUUUUAGCUCGGUCUUGCUAGCUUGAUGCGAUUCUUUCUUUUUUUAUCUUUGUUUCCGUUUUAUUUUAGCAAACAGCUAAUUGGCAUUCACAAAGGCGAAGAACACGACCGUUUCAUCUGUAUUCUCCGAAUUUAUAACCGCAGGAAGUUAAAAUAUUUUGAGAUUAAAAGUUUUUUGUAAUUUAUGUUUUUAACUUCAGUGUGUACAUAUAAUGUUUGUUCCAUUGAAAAUAUUUUGAUGAUUUUGCAGGGCACAGUUACAAUAGGAGUAGAUGUCUGGGAUAAAGACAAGUACACUAAAGACGACUUCGUGGAAAGAACAUACAUAACGGAACCAUCCAUCAGACCAGGAACAUCCCACAAUCCAUUUAAGAAAUCACUAACGCUAUAUGGUAGCCGUAUUACUGUCGGGCUUGAGCUUAAGAUAUACUGUGACAACAACUAUUACGGUGAUUCGUGUACUGUUCAGUGCAUCCCGCGGGAUGACUGGAGCGGGCAUUACACAUGUGAUAGUCAAGGGCGAAAGGUUUGUAGGCGUGGCUGGUAUGGACAGAGCUGUACUCGGUACUGUGUCCCGCGGGAUGACUCGAUCAAUGGACACUACGUCUGUGAUAAGUACGGAAACAAGAGGUGUCUACGAAACUGGCAAGGGCCAUCAUGCAAGAGUUGUGUGAAAAACUGGUACGGUAAACGCUGCUCAACGUACUGCGUGCCUCGGGAUAGCGAUGAUCAUGGACAUUACACGUAAGUGAGCUGCGCUAAUGUGUUCCACUAUCACUUCACUGGUUAAGGAGUAAUAUGAGGACAAGUUUUCCUUUUAGACCAUAAUUUGUAAAAUUAUAAACUAUAAAAGUUAUAAUUUAGCAGUUUUUCUAACAGCCUUGAUGCCUUUCCGGGCGUUGGGAAAGGGAUCACCAAAUAAACGGGCUCCCCUCCAGUGAUAAGAAGAGAAAGAGUUUCGUAAAACCCAUCUACUUAAAGUCCAUUUACUUUGGAGUUUAGAGACGGAUGAACUGUGUGGGAUGGAUCCACCAUCAAACUCCGUCUAAAUAAACGGAUCAUGAAACAGACAGAUUAUUCAUCCAAAACGAGACCCUCUUGUUUUCACGUUAGACCGAUUACCCGUCUGAGGUGAUUAUUUUCGAAUCUUCACAAUUUUAAUGCAUAACCGUUUGGCGUUUUCCUAACACUUAGGCAACAUUCAAGAACUUUUCACAUAGUAGAUGUAAUGGUUCUUGAUUGUGUCUAAAUGUCUCUCUUAAAUAGGCCGUAUCUGAGUUCCAACAUCUCUCACUUUAAAAAACAACCUAAAUGCCAAACCAUUCUUGUGAAAAUGAGUUUUAUUUGCAUGAGAAUAAAAAAUCAUUUUCAUAUCAAUGGCUUCGCACUUAGCCUCGCUUUGAAACAGAGGCUUGGGAUAACUCGGAAAUGGCCGGAACAAGCACAUUAAAUCAAUGCUAUUUUUUUCCCAACAGAUGUAGACCUACUGAUGGAAUGAAGGAGUGCCUUCCUUCGUGGUUUGGCGCCGAGUGUCUUCAGCAGUGCGUUGCUCGCGACGAUGAUGAGGGGCAUUAUUUUUGUGCGCAUGACGGAAGUAAGACGUGCAUGCAUGGAUGGCAUGGAGUAAACUGCACCGUUUUCUGUGUUCCUGAAAGCGAUGACGAAAGCGGGUAUUACGCUUGCGACAACGAAGGCAAGAAAGUCUGCUUUGAUGGCUUCCAUGGUUUUACGAUCAACUGUUCAUCUACGUGUUUGCCCGAAAAUGACACCGUCGCUGAACAAGUACAGUACAAAUGCACGGACAAUGGAGACAAAGUGUGUAAUCAGUGGUGGUAUGGGUCAGAGUGUAGUGAGUACUGCGUGCCGCACAACGACACCAUCCACGGGCAUUACACGUGCGAUCCACGUGACGGAAGUAAAGUGUGCCUGAAAGGCUGGGAAGGAACAGAAUGCCGCUUUCCAAGACGAAGAUGGGUGUUUAAGAUCGAGUGACCGCUGAUUGACUACUGAUGGGCUGCGCUUACAUUUGGAUUUUUUUUACUGGAAUUGUUAAUGACGAUGAUGACUAAGAUUGUUAUGAUGAUGAUGACAACAAUUAUUCGCAAACUGCUGUUCGACAUUUCGCCCAUUGCUUAAUUUGGCGAGGUGUUUUUUCUAAUACAGCACGCGCAGGCAGUUCAUAUAUGCCACCUAAAAUAUUCAAUUUUCCUUUGCGGCUGUCUUUUGUUUUUUUUUUUCUUACAUGCAAUAGAAUGUUUCUUUUUUACUUUUAGUUUUAUUUGGCAGUCUCGUAACUGGACGCCCAGUUGCAUAACUAGACUAACUAAUGAACCUUACCUAGUUAGCGUGGAAGCGUUGCCAAUUGUUUAUUUAGGGCUCGCAGUUGCAAUAACUAGGCUAACUAGUAAACCUUGCCUAGUUUACGUUAGACUGUUCACAGUCCCCAAUGUUUUCGUGAGAUCGUUUAGAUAUACCGCGUCUUACCGUCAUGGCUAUCUUGAUUUUCAAAUGUGCCGAGGGGGCGGUCGUCCCAAACCGCCCCCGCCCCCUAAGUAGUUUUGACACUCAUGCAAGAUGGGUAGCCCGUAACGCAAAGCUCUCGAUCUCGAUGAUCUUACGGAAAAAUAGAGGACUGUGAACAGUCUAAGUUUACGUGGAAGCGUUGCCAGUUGUUUGUUAGCGUUAAUUAAAACAACAUUGAUUUUUGAUUUUAUAUCAUUAUUUUUUGGAAUUCAAUAUAGACAAACUAAUUAGGGAAGUUAUGUUGGAAUCUGUCACUGACCGAUAGAGAAAGUAAAAUAAUGUUUUGAUUGUGUACCUCGCGGUUGGUCAAGUUCAGAUGGAACCUUCGUCAUGCAUAGCUUCUAAAGUUCUCAACAACAGUUUUAGUUUUGUCAGCGAAAACUACACGUCUACAGCGCACAGAUGAUCAACAGACGGACAGGUGUCUUGAUCGUCGACAACCCCGACUUCCUAAGGAAAUAAAGGAAUUUGUGUAAAACCGCAGGAAAAAAAUAUAUUUGUUGCCCGCUAAAACUCCUCAAGACAGCAAAGCCACUGUUUAAAAAGGAAAGAAGAUUCGGUGUUUGUUUGCAGAUGGUCAAAAGAUCACUAAAUUAAGACUUGAGGACUACCUCAGUUUUCAUCGUUGCUAAAAACGAUUACAAGGGCGGCGAAAUGGAAAGACAAGAUUUUUUUAUGUGGCAUUACAGAGCGAUGAGCUAAUUUGAUUUAAGGUAAAGGCGAAAGGACGUUGUCUUACCAGACGAAAAAAAAAAAACAAAACAAAAACUAGCCGAUUGUAAAAUCGAAGCUUAUUUAAGUUAAGGAGGUCAUUUCCGUUGCAACCAUUUGCACGAACUUCAUAGUUGCUUCUCUAUACCAAGUUAGAGGGACUUUGGGAACGGAAGAGGUUUUAUUCCGUUUCAGGAGGUAAACCAUAACCCUGGCAAAAUCUUGCUUACGUUCUUUUCCUCAGCAGUAGAUCCUGGCACCAAAGCAAAAGUGUCUUCAGUUACCCAAUACUCCGCAUCCACAGGAGCUACCUUAAUUGUACGAGCAAAUGUUUUCCUCCUUCUCCUGAUAGGAAAAUAAAUCCGGUAGUUAGAUGUUGUUUGUUAAACGCUUGUGACAUUAUAACUAUAACAUGUCGGGAGGUUCGAAAAGUCCGGGGAAAAGGGUAUCAGUUCGAUGAGACCCUGCACGACAUGACCUGCUUUAUGCAAAAAAUAUGGGAUACAACUCAAACAAUACCAGACUAGAGAUAGAAAGAGCAUGGAAAAAUUGGCUAGUACGCUAAUUUUGAGAUGACUGAGACAAAAGAAUCAGAUAUUUUGGUUGCGGGAAUGCCUGUAAAAUUAGGAAGGUUUUUGAAUGGAAAAAUUGCGUGUGCUCCAGCGACUUUUCCAUUGAUUAGAUACAUCUAAUUUUCUGAGUCAUUCAAACCACCAUAAAAUCGCACUUUGACAGACUAACGUUUUGGGUGACGCUAUUUCAGUCUUUAGGAUUUGUAGGUUGUAUCCAAUAAUUUUGGAUGAGAUAAUUUUGGAUGUCCUCGUGCUACAAAAGGCAUUUUAUCGAGAGGGUCAAGAAAUCUUGAACUUCAAGAAAUCGGGAUUCCACUGACGAUACUGCACUAAAAAACGCCAAUUCUCCCGUUCCCAUAAGAAUAUAAGCUAAAAUAGAACAAGCCACACUUGGAGCAAAAAUAAAACAGUCACAAAAAACAAAGACCUCAUAUGUAUUAUUUGAAACUAAGUUAUCACCUGAAUUUCCAGAAUGCA